AUAAAGGGAAGGCCGUAUGUAGUGCUCGCUCUGUUAUUGUCCGCUGUUAACCGAUAACUUCGUAGGUCUAAUGCGACGCAUAUUUAUGUUUAUUUAGUUCGAUCCGUACGGUAAAUAAGUGGUAGAUAUCGCGCUCGGUUGUGAACUCGCCGGAGCAGCACCGCACGCGGCGUCCGGGUCUCACUUUGUUUCCGUACUAUCCGUGUUUGAAAUGAUAUAGUUCCACAAUGAACGGGGAUAGUAUUACUGUUAGCGGUGUGGAGGCCGAAUACACGGACAUUGCGAACAGAAAUGCGUGGGCUCUUGUGUAUCAGAAAAUCGGCCGGGAGUGUCACGCAUACCCAUACACAUGCACCGAGGCGAAGAAGCUGGAGAAUAAGCCGCUGAAUCGGUAUCGGGACGUGAAUCCGUACGACCACAGCCGCGUCAUCCUGAAGCGAUGCGACAGGGACUACAUCAACGCCAACUUAGUCAAGAUGGAGCGAGCCAACCGCAAGUACAUCCUGACCCAGGGCCCGCUCGCGUUCACCGUCGGCCACUUCUGGCUGAUGGUGUGGGAGCAGAACUCCCGCGCCAUCCUCAUGCUGAACAAGAUCAUCGAGAAGAACGAGACCAAGUGCCACUGGUACUGGCCCCGGGCCCUCGGCGAGGACAGCAAGAUGGUGCUCAAGGAGGUCCAGCUGACGGUGGAGCAGAUACAGGAGGAGGAUUUCAACUACUACUCCACCAGGGUGUUCAGGAUCGUGGACCUCGAAACCAGCGAGUCCCGCGAAGUGAUACAGUUCCACUACACAACCUGGCCCGACUUCGGCGUCCCGCAGUCCCCGCACGCGUUCCUCGAGUUCCUUCGGCGCGUGCGGGCUUCGGGCGCGCUGGAGGCGGACGCGGGGCCCGCGGUGGUGCACUGCAGUGCGGGGAUCGGCCGUUCCGGGACCUUCUGUCUGGUGGACUCAUGCCUUGUCAUUAUUGAAAACGAGGGCAUGGACAAGUUGAGCGUCCAGCAGGUCCUCCUGGAGAUGCGGAAGGACCGCAUGGGGCUCAUUCAGACCCCAGACCAGCUGCGCUUCUCCUACCAGGCCAUCAUUGAGGGCGCCAAGCGACUCGACCCUGACUACAAGGAACCUCAAAUGGAAGAGAGCAUAUACUCGUCAGUGCCCGACGAAGAGGAGCCCCCCCCGCCGCCCCCACCGCGCGGCGAGAGCCUCUCCAGGGCCCCUAAGAGGCCCUUACCCUCCAUACCCGUCAGCGCUUCGCUUGGCGACAUGCAUCAGUUUACCGCGGAGGCGUCUUCGGACGACAGCCUGCCUGCCUCGCCCGCGCCGGACUCCUCGCCCGCCUCGUCCGCCGACGACGAGGAGGAGCCGCCUCCGCCCGAGAGCGGCGGCGAGCCGGCGGCGGAGCUGCGCCGGCGCCGCACUCGCGAGCUCGCCGAGCGCGUCUCCGCCAUCAAGCGGCGCGCGCGCGACGCCGAGCGCUGGCACGACCUCAAGAGGUUUAAAUCGGAGGAAACGCUAAAAAGGGACCGGAACACUGAGGCAGAUUAGAAAAAGAAACCCCCUAUACACCUGCAAAAUUAUCAGAACAUUCGCGUUCGUACUGGACCACGGUAGGCAACUUAGGGUAGUAUUCUACCUGUCCAAUUACUUUGUCCAAUGUUCAUUGCGUUCAAAGAUAUUGGACAGAUCUUUUAUUUUUGGGUAGGUACGUCACGUCACGACCACGCCCACCUCCUAAAUAGUGACGAUACGGAAAUAAAAAUUUGACACUUUUUUUGUCGACUACAUUAGCUAAUGAUUUUGAGUAAAAGACCAAAGUUCUACAAAAAGUUUUUGUACUUUAAAAAAUUGGAAAUCACUCUUAAUACUAAUAAUGAAAGUCUAGAUGUAUAUAUAUGUUCGUCGUUCGAUGUCACUUAGCAUUACACCAUUGAAAUUAACUUUUUGAAACUGUUCUUUGUUGAUCGAAUCGACACUUAGACGGGGCAUUAUGAAAUGAAUAUAUCAGUAUCAUUUGAUCUUAUUUUGACUUUACUUCCGUUGCAUGUCUCGUAUAUUGGCGCGGCGAAAUAAACUGACUAAAUAAUGACCAGAAUAAGAUCAAAUCUGGGCCAAAAUUAUAUGUAAUAUGAAGUUAAAAUCAGAAUUAAAUUCGACAAUGAAG